AAUUUCUAGUUUUUAUUUCCCACGGCUUAUUAGAAGAAUAAAAUACCUAUAGAAAAAUGAAGUUUUAUUGUACUCGUUUAAUGAAUUGAGAAAGUACAGCAUUAUUUUUUAAUUGGAAAAACUUAUCAUCGUUAGGUUUAAGAUGACAGACUUUUCUGCUUGGUAUAAAGAUUUACCAUUUUUCACAAAAUGGUGGCUUACUCUGACAGCAGCUUUUACAUUGGCUGGUCGAUUUGGAAUACUUUCCCCUUACCAGUUUGUGCUCAUAUAUGAACCAUUUAUAAAGAAAUUUCAAAUAUGGCGACCAAUUACGGCUUUAUUAAUGUAUCCAUUGUCUCCCGGCAAUGGGUUCCAUUUUUUAGUUAAUUGUUAUUUCCUCUAUAGUUAUUCUCUGCGAUUGGAAACAGAUUCAUAUGAUGGAAGACCGGCUGAUUAUUGUUUUUUACUUUUAUUUAACUGGAUGUGUUGUGUUAUAAUUGCCUUACUAGCUGAAAUUUUGGUUUUAAUGGAUCCUAUGGUAUUAAGUAUACUUUAUGUAUGGUGCCAACUAAAUAAGGAUGUAAUUGUAAGUUUCUGGUUCGGUACUCGCUUUAAAGCCAUGUACUUGCCUUGGGUAUUAUUUGGAUUCAACUUUGUUAUAUCCGGAGGAGGACUGCAAGAAUUAGUUGGAAUUAUUGUUGGUCAUAUAUAUUUCUUCCUUAUGUAUAAAUACCCACAAGAGAUGGGUGGACCACAACUGAUACAGACACCUGCAAUACUGUACAAAAUUUUUCCAAACCAAAGAACAGUUCACAGUUUUGGUCAACCGCCAACUAGAACGACACCAGCAGCAAAUGAACCUCAACAACAGGGUGUAAACAGAGGUGUCUUUCAGCGUCAUAACUGGGGGAGAGGCAACGUAUUAGGACAGUGAUAACUGAUAAAUAACAAGUCUGAAUCAAUGUUUUUUUUCAUCUUAAAAAUAUCUUUCAUCUAAUAUAAAUUUAUUAGAUGCGGAAUGUGAUUUGUUUUUUAAAUUUUAUUAUUAAGUUAUAAGUAGUAUAGAGGUGAGAAACUUUUGUGUAAAAGUGGUCCAGGAGAUUAUAAUUUUGGGUAUUGGCUAACGCGUAAUUUUUUUUAUUGUAAUUAUUUUGUAUUAUGAAAAUAAUCACUGUAAAAUAGAGAACUACAUAAUAUUAGUAAGUAAAAAGAAAAUUCUAUAGACUAUUGCUUUAAAUUAUAAUACUAAAUUAUUUAAAAAUAAAGUUGUUUAUUUGGUAGAACGUAAGUACUGAAAAUUUAAUUUAAACUAAAGAUUUAAUAUAUUUACACAUAAUAUUUUGAAAUUAUAUAAAUUAUAAUAAAUAUAGUUUUAUUUGUUUAA